AUGCACUGUGGCUGUGGGGGCUACUGUGGUGGAAGGCUGCCCUUGCAGUGGCAGUGGCUGUGGUGUACCGCCCACAUGGAACUGUGUUUUAGUGUUUCUGCCUUCUCCCAGGACCGUGAGGCCAACCUCACCAGCAACGUGGCGCUGGUGCCGCUGACCCAGCAGAAUGUCAUCGUGGAAGCUGGCACCAGCUGCCAGGUGGCCGGCUGGGGGACCUGGCAGACUGGGGGCCAUCUCUCCUGCUUCCCAAGGGUCGUCAACAUGACCGUGACCCCCAAAGACCACUGUUGCCACAACAGUGUGUGCACUGUUGUGCUCACCCACCAGGGUGGAAUCUGCCAGUGUGAUGGGGGCAGCCCCCUCAACGGUCUGGCCCAUGGUGUGGCCUCCUUCACCAUGGAUCCCUACAGCCGGGGUCCCGACUUCUUCACCUGCGUGGCACACUUCCAAAACCGUAUCGUUAGUGUCCUCAACCCCCUGCUGGCCUGA